CCUGCUUGCAUCUGAUUGGUCGAUGUUACCGCUCUCGCAAGCUAACUGGAUACUUGGACGUCAAUUCAAUGACGAAUGCGGAUGUGUCAGGCAGGCAAACAACACCGGUGAGAAACCUUUUUCACCUUAACCAUGGCUGCCUCGCAGAAACUGGCAUCUCUUCGUCUGCCUCCUUUGCCUACUGUAGGAGAACUCAUCAAGCUGUACAACCUGCAAGCUGAGAAACAUCUAUCACAGAACUUUCUGCUGGACUUGAAGCUCACAGACAAAAUAGCGCGUCAGGCGGGCAGUUUGAAGGACGCCCAUGUGUGCGAGGUGGGUCCUGGUCCCGGGGGUCUCACCCGCUCUAUCCUUAAUGCUGGGGUGGCAGACCUGCUUGUGGUAGAGAAGGAUACACGCUUCAUCCCAGGGCUAAAGCUGUUGUCCGAAGCAGCACCAGGGAGGUUAAGGAUUGUCCACGGUGACAUACUUACCUACAGAAUGGACCGAGCAUUCCCAGUAAAUAUCUCUAAACCGUGGGAGGAAGACCCACCAAACCUUCACAUCAUAGGGAAUCUCCCGUUCAACGUCUCGACCCCCCUCAUGAUUAAGUGGCUGGAGAACAUUGCGAACAGAACAGGGCCCUUCACAUACGGACGCACCCGACUCACACUCACUUUCCAGAAAGAGGUUGCAGAGAGGUUGACAGCCAGCACGAGCAGCAAACAGAGGAGCCGUCUUUCUGUUAUGGCUCAGUAUCUCUGCACAGUCCACAAAUGCUUCACCAUCCCUGGACGGGCCUUCGUCCCUAAGCCAAAGGUGGACGUGGAUGUAGUUCAUUUCACCCCUCUGGUUCAGCCCCAGAUCCAGCAACCCUUCAGGCUGGUGGAGAAAGUCGUCAGGAAUGUUUUCCAGUUCCGCAGGAAGCACUGCCAUAAAGGAAUAGAAAAAUUGUUCCCUGAAGGGUGUCGUGUUGAGCUUACACAGGAGAUGAUGCAGAAGGCAGAUGUUGAUCCCACUCUACGUCCGACAGAACUCACCAUAUCGCAGAUCAGGGCCUUAGCGGACGCCUACGCUCAUCUCUGCACUCAUGAGCCGGGUCUCCUCAGCUAUGAAUUCAGAGAGGAGCUCAGGCUGGGACACAUCACCAGGCAAAGUAACGCACCAAAGGACACAUUUAUUGACUCGCCAGCCGGCACACCACCAAGUCCUCAACAACCCUGCUGAAAGGGAAAGCCAAGAGAUAGCCCACUAAUAGCUUCAGUUAGCACAUGGUGACAACAGACUGCUCUUAGCCUUGACAUUUCCACCUGGCACAUGCAUGCAUUUUUAACACACUUUCCCAUGUGUCCAUGGAGCGAUAGGUAGCUCGCAUGAAAUCCUGGGGCAGAGAGGCAAACCACAAGGCACAUAAAGAUCCUGGGUGGGUUGGAUUUGCUCCACAAUUUUGUUCCAGCAUGGCACGACUCAAAGAGUUGUAGAGUUGUGUGUUUUUGGGAGACUAAAGAAAGUAUGCUAGUUACCCAGAAUAGCUCUUUAAGAGUGAAUAUCUCUUUUAUGUCCCAGUUCUUACUUCAGAUCAAACUUGCAUAACACCGUGUCCUGUGGGACCUGAAAGAAAUGUCAGUGUUUUCAGGGUGGUUUAGAGAAUGGGAACAGCAUGGCAGAAUCAUAUCCAGGCCAUUUUUCCUUCCUCUGUGUACUGUAUUGUUUAGUCACUUGGGAGAGCUUAAAGGGAAGAGGAAAGUGGUGGGAAUUUGUCAGCUCCAGAAAGACUCUUGUUGUGUUAAAAGAGGAGUGGAAACCUAUAUUGAAAGAGGGCAACUGAGCCAAAUUUACAUGUUAAAUGUUAAUGGAGGCACUUAUGUCACGCAAAUUUGUUACAUUUCUUGUACACAAUACAGGUCUUAUGACAUAUAUGUUAAAUAAAUCCAAUCCUGGUGUUUUUAUACAUGGUUUUAUAACAAUAAAAGUGUGAUAUUCC